AUGCCCGCGGUGGACAAGCUCCUGCUGGAGGAGGCGUUGCAGGACAGCCCCCAGACUCGCUCUUUACUGAGUGUUUUUGAAGAAGAUGCUGGCACCCUCACGGAUUAUACCAACCAGCUGCUCCAGGCGAUGCAGCGCGUCUACGGAGCCCAGAAUGAGAUGUGCCUGGCCACUCAACAGCUUUCUAAGCAGCUGCUGGCAUAUGAAAAACAGAAUUUUGCUCUUGGCAAAGGCGACGAAGAAGUAAUUUCUACACUCCACUAUUUUUCCAAAGUGGUAGAUGAGCUUAAUGUUCUUCAUACAGAGCUGGCUAAACAGUUGGCAGACACAAUGGUUCUACCUAUUAUACAGUUUCGAGAAAAGGAUCUCACAGAAGUAAGCACUUUAAAGGAUCUUUUUGGACUCGCCAGUAAUGAAACGCCUUUGUUUUUAGAGCAUGACCUCUCGAUGGCAAAAUAUAGCAGGCUUCCAAAAAAAAAGGAGAAUGAAAAGGUGAAGACCGAUGUUGUGAAGGAGGUGGCGGCUGCGCGGCGGAAACAGCACCUUUCUUCCCUUCAGUACUACUGUGCCCUCAACGCGCUGCAGUACAGAAAGCGCGUGGCCAUGAUGGAGCCCAUGAUAGGCUUCGCCCACGGACAGAUUAACUUUUUCAAGAAGGGAGCAGAGAUGUUUUCCCAAAGCAUGGACAGCUUUUUAUCCUCCGUAGCAGACAUGGUUCAAAGCAUUCAGGUGGAACUAGAAGCCGAAGCGGAAAAGAUGCGGGUGUCGCAGCAAGAACUGCUUUCUGUCGAGGAGUCUGUUUACGCCCCAGACUUUGAUGUGGCUGCACCACAGAUCAACAGGAACCUCAUCCAGAAGGCUGGUUACCUGAAUCUUAGAAAUAAAACAGGGUUGGUCACCACCACCUGGGAGCGGCUUUACUUCUUCACGCAAGGCGGGAACCUCAUGUGUCAACCCCGGGGAGCUGUUGCCGGGGGCCUGAUCCAGGACCUGGACAACUGCUCGGUGAUGGCAGUGGAUUGUGAAGACCGACGAUACUGCUUCCAGAUCACCACUCCCAAUGGAAAAUCGGGAAUAAUCCUCCAGGCAGAAAGCAGAAAGGAAAACGAAGAGUGGAUCUGCGCCAUAAACAACAUCUCCAGACAGAUCUACCUGACUGACAACCCAGAGGCAGUCGCCAUCAAGUUGAAUCAGACGGCUCUCCAAGCAGUGACCCCCAUUAUGAGUUUUGGGAAAAAACCAGAAAGCUCGUGCCCCAGUCAGAACCUGAGAAAUGCAGAGACAGAAGAUGACAAGAUUGUGUCCCAAGUAGCCGUCCGUGCCGACGACGCCGAUGAGCUCAUCGCACCGGGAACACCUAUCCAGUUUGAUAUCGUCCUUCCUGCCACAGAAUUCCUGGACCAGAACCGGGGGAGCAGGCGCAUCAACCCUUUUGGUGAAACUGAGGAUGAGACCUUUCCAGAAGCAGAAGAUUCCCUUUUGCAGCAGAUGUUUGUAGUUCGGUUUUUGGGCUCGAUGGCAGUCAAAACAGACAACACUACUGAAGUGAUUUACGAAGCAAUGAGACAAGUAUUGGCCGCUCGGGCAAUUCACAACAUCUUCCGUACGACAGAGUCCCAUCUGAUGGUCACCAGUCAGACUCUGAGGUUGAUAGAUCCUCAGACUCAAGUAACAAGGGCCAAUUUUGAGCUCACCAGCAUCACCCAGUUUGCUGCCCAUCAAGAAAACAAGAGACUAGUCGGCUUUGUGGUCCGCACGCCCGAAUCCACAGGUGGACAGUCUCUGAGUACAUAUGUUUUUGAAAGCAACUCAGAAGGCGAAAAGAUAUGUUAUGCUAUUAAUUUGGGAAAAGAAAUCAUUGCGGUUCAGAAGGAUCCAGAAGCAUUGGCUCAAUUAAUGCUGUCCAUACCACUAACCAAUGAUGGAAAAUAUGUACUGUUAAACGAUCAACCAGAUGACAAUGAUGGAAGUCCAAAUGAAAACAGAGGCGCAGAAUCUGAGGCAUAA